CUCUCCUUCAGAGCCACAAGCCAGUGAUCUCAAGAGUCACUGGAAAGGGAAGGAGCUCCCCAGAAGGCCCAGGGGCUUGGUGGGCUCCUGCUGCCCUGCUCACCUGGGAUUCUGAGCCUCAGCUGGUGCCUCUCUCUGUAGCCUUCAUUGCUGACUUCUGGAAACCUCCUGGAGAACUCUGCCACCUGGAUACGUGUGGCCCUGAGCAGCCGCUGUUGCUGUUGCUGCUGCUGCUGCCGCCACCACCACCACCUUCUUCUCAGGCUGCCCAGCCCCCAGCUUCCUCCCACCCCACGCUCUGUGCCUGCGUCCCUCCAGGGCAUGGGCAGGAAACUGCUUCCCGGUGGCCUUUGGUCCCUCAGGGAGAAACCCUCCUUCCUCCCUCUUCUGCUUGCUGCUUCCCUGCCAGCCGGGGCUUUGAGGAGAGGGAAGGGCAACUGGAGUGCUUUGCCGAGCUGCCUUUUGGGCAUCCCCAGCCCCUGAGAGCUCUGAGGAGGAAAUGGGAGAGCUCCCCUUGGGCUUUCUCUGGGGCUCUCCCACUUCUGGGAAAUCUCUGGAUUCUCUUGAGAGCUCCUGGGACAGACUAGCCAGAAGCCUCUUGUUGCCAAGGGCAGUUAGGGCUGGGACUUGGCUGGCGAAAGCAAUUUCCUGGGCACUAGGAGAGACCUGUGGCAGUUAAAUGGGUAGGAAACCCAUCCCAGUGUACAGCUGCCAAGGGAUGCAAGUGUUGGUGUGUGUGUGUGUGUGUGUGUGUGUGUGUGUGGUGCAUGGCAAUGGACUGCUGGCCUCUGUGGCUUCAAGUCCUAAAACUCCUUUGAGAACAAAGCCCUUCAAAGGUGCCUGCAGUUCAGGGGCAGCCAAAAUGUCACCCGGCUGAGUGCAGAGGCCUUGUCUGGUAAACUGCCUCUGAGGGUGGAGAUUCUCUUCUGGACUUUGAAGGGCCUGUGACUUUGCCUUUUCCUGCCCCCCCCCCCGAAAAAAGGAGUUCAGGGUGGUUGGGGUUUUCCCCAAUGGAGUUUUGCAUCACCCCUUUCUGUAAAGGGCCCUGGGAAUUUUUGUUGGAAGAGCAGCGUAGGCCUUUCUAAAAUAAACAAAGGUGGCCCCCCUGGUUUCCCCUUUUCUCCUCACAACAGCCCUGCGAGGGGCCCGCCUAGACUCAUGUCCCUCCCCUUGUCACCGUGAGUUCCAUAUGUUGCGAGGCAGGGAAGGGCCCAGAGACCUGCCCCCCCCCCCCAGUGAUGCUUUUGCCAAGGCGGAGGAAGACCAGCCCUCCUGGUGGAACAAAGACUCUUCUGACGCAAACUGCAAGAUUGACUGGCCUGCUUGCUCUGCGCUUGGGAUGCCUUGGGCUGAGUGGUGAGCAGAGAGUUUUGUGGGGGUGCCAAGGGGUGCCCAGUCUUCCCUGCUGCUGCUGCUGCGCCUGCAGGGCCAUCGCUUGGAGCCACUCGUCUCAGGAGUCUGCCCCAGCGUAGAACAGACUUCAGAACCUUCUGGAGUCUUGGCCAAAUUUUGAGCAGAAGUUCUCCUCCCCCCCCCCUUCCAAGAAAAUAAUGUGUGUUCAAGUUUUCAAGAAUUGCAAAGACCACCACAGGGCAAAGAGCUCACAAUAGUACCAUCCUCUUUUUUGCUUUGUACAAGUUUGGGUCUACGGUAUUUCAUCCAGACAAGACCAGCCCUGAGGAGCUAUGGGCCAGUGACAUCACCUGGCCAUCUCUAGUGGAAGAAACCCUCACUGCUUCCAAGAGAAGAGCCUUUCCUGGCAUGCUUUGUGGCUGAGAGAGAGCAUGGAUGAGGGCAGGGAACUCACUCAGGCUAGAAGAGCCACGCUUGGGAUUGGGGAACUCCAGGGCGGUGGCGGCUGGCAAGCUUGCACAAUGCUCAGAACCCCCCGGGCACAAGAGAGGGAGCAGCAGGAGGACCAGGCUGCCACCUGCCCUGUGGCUCCGGAUCGUGGCAGAGCUUCCCGCCUGCCUCCACACGGGGACCAACGCCCCUUCUGCUUGACAUCAUCUCACUGGUGCUCCUGAAGCAGCUGAGUCCAGGGGGUGAAGCAGCUGCUCUUUCAAACUCUCUUGCUCCCCGGGACCUGGCAGGCAGGGGGCAGCAAGGGCUCCACGGCACCAUUUGCGCCUGCCAGCAGCGCCUUUGGCUGGAGCCCUGCUCUGCCCUUGUCUGUCGGGAUCCUAGUAGCUGGUGUGGGAGGCCAGCAAAUGCCCUUGGCUCUCCCCUCCGAGGCUCCUUUGAGAAGAGGGAGGAGAAGGAAGCGCGGCUGUGGUGUGACUGGCAUCUGUGGUGUGGAUCUGGCCCUGAAGCAAACUCGGAGGCCUCCGCCUGCCCCAUCCUCAACUGGGGCAGCUCCUGCUUCAGGCCCCACGGAACUGGGUGGCUCCUUUGGGUCCCACUGGGCAUUGGCAGGCUGGGCUGGGCACAGGCGGCAGAGGGAGAGCCUCCCCCUCCUGCCACUCGCCACCUUUGGCUUCCUGGCUGCUGCUUCCCCACAACCUCUCAAUGAGCCAUUUUUGUACUUAGUGGGGAACUGAACGGGUGGUUGUCUGACGGGUUUGGUCAGCUGAAGCUGGGGAGGAAAUCAGGAGGUGGGCCAGUACUUUGUCCUGCCAUUUUCCCUUCCCUUGGGCUGGGAAGAGCUUCAGGGCCUGCAGUGCUGCUUGGAAGGCUCUGCCUGGCUUUGCCACCUCCUCCCCUAAGUCUGGGAGCAAGUGGAUGUAGGCUUGGUUGUGGUCGUUGUCCCAGCACCUGAACCCUGACCUUAGGAUCCCCCCUCUGUCCUCCGCAUGCCCCUUAUUCAGAGACAUUUCCCUCUCUGUUAAGAUUCCCACCCCACCCCCCGAAGCCAAAAAAUCUUUGGAAAACCCCCGAGCCCUUUUCUGCCUCUUUCCCUGCCUGUUUUCUCUUCCCUCCAUCUCCACUCCCAGCCCCAUUGAUGAUUCAGGGGUGGUGGGGGGCUUCUUGCAGCCCCGGUGGCUGGCAGUUUUGUCCAUGAGGUUCCCACUGCUCAGCCCCACCUGAGGCUGCCUGUGAGGUGUGCAGAGGAGGCCCUGAAGCUGAAAAGAGGGGAGGCUGCUGGACUCCUGGACUGGAGAGGCCUCUGGGCUUGGCUUGGCUGGGGGUCACCAGGCACUCAUGGCCUCCCUUCCUCCGGCAGCUGUGGAAGAGGAGCUGCCUUGGGGAGAGGACUUCAGGCCUCUGUUUCCCCAUGACCCACUGGAAAUCGGGGGGGGGGGACAAGGGAGAUGGGAAGGCAGCAAGGAUCCUGCACUACUAAAUCGCGUGCCCUGGGGAGGGACUUCAAGAGAAGCCCUCCCCUGCCCCACGUGUGCCUGGGCCCCUUCCCCACCCCCCUCCCUUGGCAGGGAGUCUCUGGUCUGCUCCUGGGCCCAAGUGGUGGCUGAGCCAGAAGCAGCUCCUGGCCUGGUCAGCCCCUUUCCCGGAUGCCUGCCCUGCUGGGGUGGCCAAUGGGCAGCUUCUUGGGGGCUGAGCUCUGUCCUGGCAGGAGCAGGGAAGGGCCUUGUCCCAGGAGCCCCCCACCCUCCAUCGCCUUCCGCUGUGGCUGGCUAGGCAAGGACCGCCUCUCCCUGCCCGGUUGUGGCGGCCGUGGGCGCUGUGGCUGCUGAGGUGAAGGGCUGACCCCUCGGCGCCCGCCAUGUCUGGUCUUACUUCCUGCUUUUAUGGGCUGCCUCUUUCUCUCUCUCUCGCCAACAGUCUUUCAUAGGAUUUUUGCUAAUGGUGAGCAAAUCUCUCUGCUCUGUGAUGUGACUGUGACCUUUGGAGCAUCUAUCUAUAGAGAUAUAGAUAUGAGAGCAUCACUUUGUAUAUUGGCAUAUAUGACGCUCGUUUUCUUCCCUGGUGAAGGCUGGCACCUGGGCUCUAUGUAGCGCCACCCCAGUCCUGCCACCUGUUGGGGCUCCUCGUGUGGGGGGGGGGCUGCCUUUCUGCUGCAUGGCUGCCUCCUGCAUGUGUCCUGGGCUGCUUGUGCCUGUAGAGAAGCUGCUGCCUCCCUUGCAGCCGCCUCCUCCUGCGCUCGUGGCCCUGGGGGGGGGGUCCUGCUUGCUGUUUGCUUGUGGCUUUGCUGCCUCCUCCUCCAGCUCCCUGCGGCCGGCUGCUUGGCAAUGGGUCGGACGCGUGUGGCGGAGCCUGACUCUUGGGAGCUGUGUGCCUGGUGUCGCCUGCGCAGGGGCCUGGAGGUGCUUGGGAGACCCUGGCGGAGCCUUGGAAGUGCUCAGGCCCUGCAGCUGCUCUGCUGCCGCCCCCUUUGGGGAGCUGCCUGCGUCUCCUGCCUUAGCGGUAGGGAGGUCUGCCUUGGGAAGGGCCUUCUCUUGCUUCCACUGCCAGCAAGGAUAAGACACAGGGCUGGCGGAGAAGGCCAAUGCCUGGCGCAAGAUGAGCUGUGCCCUGCAGGCGGCAAGAAAUCCUUGGGCACCUUGGUCCAGGCGAGCUCAGUGGAGCGGAGCAGGUGGAAGCUGGACGGGAGCAGGGCCGAGAGGAGAGGUGGCGCUCGUGGCGCAGAGGCGGCAGGUAACGCGAGGAGGAGGAGGAGGAGGAGGAGGGCGGCCAGGGCGCUGGCGCUGCUUGGGCUGCGUGCAGGUGGCAUGUCUUCUGUGGAGCUCAGCUUUUUCUCAGGGCCCCAGUCUCUGGGGUGGGUGAGUUUGGGUGGUGUGCUCAGUGAGUCUCUGGCGUGGCUGUGUCUCUUGGCGAGGUUUUCAUGGGCUGGGGAUGAAAUUCCAGGGUCUGUCAAAGGCAGAAGGAAGUCUGCAAAACCAAGCCCGCUUGCUUCCUCGGCGUACCACUGGACAGUGCAUUUGAUUGGGACACUUGAAGCCCUAAGUCUGGCAAAGACACGGCAGCUACACCGGAGGGACCUCUUUGGGGCUGGGGGCGCCUGCUAUGCACCCACCCCUGGUUCCUGGUGGGCCAGCCUUCCCCAGAAGACACUUUCCGGAGGAGCCAAGUUGGUGGUCGGGGGCUGGGUCUUCAUCUGCCACAGAGAGAGAGAGAACACUUUCAGGAAAGGGAAGCCCAAGCUUAUUUGACUGCUUUAAGAAAGUGAAAUGCUUUGUUGGCAAAGGCUUGCCUGGGCAAAAGUGAGCCCAGCGCUCCAGGAAGCUGAAGGCCCUGCCGUUCUCCGCCAGAGGAAGGACAGAAGCUGCCCUCUUCCGAGUCGAGAGCCGCGUGGCCUUGUCUCUCUUGCCUGAUGCCAGCAGCUCCGCCUUGCUUCCUUUGCCUGCCUGAGAGCCUCAGCCGCAGGUGCUGCAACUUGAAUGCCAGACUUUCUUCCUGAAAAGCAUGUUCCCCAGCAGAAGGAAGCCUUUGAGCAAGUUUCCCAUUUUUGGCAUGAGGGAUAAAAACACCUUUCUGUGACUAGAAUACGCUUGAUGUGUACGGAAACUCUGCGGACAGAUGGGAUUAGCACAUACGAUUAUAUUUGGUGGCAUAUUUCUGAAAUUAAAAAGAUAGGUACCUUACAUUUAUUUGGAUCAGGACAAGUGUGCCUGAGCUUUUGCUGGUUGAGAGACUGGGGAGCGUCCAAACCAUGGGUAGGCAAACUAAGGCCCGGGGGCUGGAUCCGGCCCAAUCGCCUUCUAAAUCCAGCCCGCAGACGGU